AAAAUAGUGAUGAAUCAAAAAGAUCUACUAACAUCAGACUCAGGGGAAAUUGACUUCAUAUAGAGUAAAACUCAUUAUGAUUCUUUAUUAAAAUAAAUAGAAGAGUUGAACAGCAAAGUGAUAGUAUAAUAUGAAAUAAUAAAAAGGACUUGGAAUCGACUAAUUAGUAAUUAAAGAAAAACCUCAAUAAUAAGGAUAGAGACUAUUAAUUAUUAAUUGAGAACCUUGAGAUAUAUAGUAAUUAAAAUGUUUAAACAUAGAAAAAACUCAAGAAGAGAUCGUAAAAAAUAGGGAAAACAGUUCGAUAAAGUUAUUGGAUAAGUUUAAGAUAUUCGAGAAAUAAAUAUUAGAGUAAGAAAAGAUAAUAAAGGAUUUAAAAGAACAGAAUUAAAAAUUAAUUGAUGAAAAUAGAGAAUUAGAGAUUCAAAAGGAUUAUCUUUAAAAUUAAAAUUCUGCCAUAGAUGAUGAAAAAUAGAAAAUAUUUGUAAAUUUUAUUUAGACUUUAGACUUCUUAUUUUUCAAGAAAGAAAGAAUUAGAAGAAGUUGCUUAUGAAAAGAACAAAUUUGAAGAGGAAUUGAAGAUUUAUAAAUAAAAAAUUGAAAUUUUGGAAGGUUAACUUGAAACGCUUCAAUAAAAAUCGAGUACAUUAAAUUGAAUAAUAUUAAUAGUUUAUUAGGAAUAGGAAAUAAGUCAUUUCAAAUUUCUAUCUGAAGAGAAAGAAAAAUACUUUUUAAAAAUUUAAGAUGGCUUAAAAUAAUACGUUGAAUAAGACGAAAUAAUGAAGUAAUAAAAUCAAGAUGAUUAUAAAGUAAAAGUUAUUCAAAAUAUACAAAGUACAGAAUUAUGUUAUCCCUUAGAUAUUAGGAAGGAAAUAGUUGGACGAUUUACUCAUUUAUCAGAGGAACUGAAAGAUGAUGAAAAUAAGAAGAUAAACAGGAGGAGUGAGGAGAUUGCAUUUUUAAAUCAAACAUUUAAUGUUCAAUUGAGAUUGGCGCUUGAAAAAAUAAUGAUUACGUUUAAACAUGAAAUAAGAGAAAAUGAAGUUCGUGAAUGAAAUCAAUAUAUAUUGGAA